CUGUGUGGAAAAUAUAACGUCAAGAAUUUUGUUUUCUCAAGCAGUGCAACUGUAUACGGCCCACCAAAGAGCUUACCGAUAAAAGAGAGCGAUCAGGUGGGAUGUGGGAUUACAAAUCCGUAUGGUCAAACCAAGUACAUGAUCGAACGCAUCCUUAUGGAUAUAGCCAAUGCUGACAAGAGCUGGAACAUAAUUCUUUUGAGAUAUUUCAAUCCAGUGGGCGCUCACCCCAGCGGGCUUAUUGGUGAAGACCCGAAGGGCAUCCCAAAUAACUUGAUGCCGUAUCCAGGUGGCUAUUGGAAAACUGCCAGUGCUGUACAUAUUUGGCAACAAAUUCGACACUCCCGAUGGCAAGUUGUUGCCUUUCAUUAUCAUUUAGCUCAAGCUUCUCAAAAGAGAACUUCCGACUUGACAGAUGUAGCAGCAAAUUUGUUCGAUACGCUUUGUGUUUCAGGGACUGGUAUGCGUGAUUACAUCCACGUUGUGGACCUCGCUCGAGGACAUGUAGCAGCCUUUGAUCGCCUAAAAAAGCACAAAAAUAUCGGUUGCGAAGUGUACAAUCUUGGAACAGGAAAAGCAUAUUCCGUGCUGGAGAUGGUUGCGGCUUUGGAAAAAGCAAGCGGCCGAAAAGUAUGUUUAACUGUUCAUCGGUUAAGGCAUUCAUUGAAAUUAUUGCCGCUGUAG